AUGCCCGGUGGGGUCUCCUACUCUUCCAACGUCGACCUGUACCGGGCCCCCGCCGCGAGCUGGCGCGACACCAUCCAGAUCGCGUUCGGGCCCGAUCGGCCCGACCCGGCGCGCAUCCCGGCCGUCUGCCGCGACGAGGUGCUCGAGUGGGACGCGCACGCCACCGCCGUCGGGCGCGCCGUGCUGGGGCGCCUUUCGGAGGGGCUCGGGCUCGGGGCCUCGAGGCUGGAGGCCGCUUCCUGCCUCGAGGGCAAGGUUAUGGUGUGCCACUACUAUCCAGUGUGCCCUGAGCCCGAGCGCACCAUGGGCCUUGUCCCGCACUCAGACCCCGGCGUGCUCACCGUCCUGGCGCAGGAUGGUAUCGGUGGCCUGCAGGUCAAACAAAGCGAUGAUGAUGGGACGAGCCGCUGGGUGGAUGUGAAGCCUGUGCGGGGUGCGCUUGUAAUCAACGUCGGGGACCUCUUGCAGAUCAUGUCUAAUGAUAAGUACAAGAGCGUUGACCAUCGUGUGAUUAUGAAUACACGAGAAGAAGCAAGAGUUUCAAUCGCAAUAUUUUUCAAUCCUGGCAAGAGAUGGGACACAAUUUUUUAUGGCCCACUACCAGAGCUGGUUUCUUCAGAUAGUUCACCAAAGUUCAGGAAUUUUACCACGUCUGAGUUUCUGGGGGCCUUCUUUAGACGAGACCUUGCCAGCAGAGCUCUGGUUGAGCACUUCAAAUUGUAA